AUGGGCAAACGAACAACAAUCGCAGAUCUCCCAGUGGAGCUUAUGCUUCUCAUUCUACACCAUGUUUCCGACACAAAGUCUCUAUUGUCUCUCGCUUUUUCAUCGCGUGAAAUUUACAACAUCUAUCUCAUGGCACUUAAGGAGCUGCAUAUUGGGGUCCUCACCAGAAAAUAUGACGAAACGCUCCUGGAUAUCAACGAGGCAAUUGCUGCGGUUCGGUCGACAGACGUCGGCAUUAAAAACAACAAAGAAAAAGCCAUCGCCCUCUUGGAUGAUUGGCGCCGCAGGCAAGAGACAGCAACGAGAGUUAAGGGAUCACUUAAAGUUGAAGAAAUUAAAGAACUGUAUAAGUUCCACAAGGAAAUACUAUUUUUCCUAGCGGACUUCCGGGCCAAUUUAAAAAGCCCUUAUUUCAUCAAGGAUAAAGAUUGGAAUGAGAAAUAUGUGCCCAUUCGAUUGACCGACCCUGAAAGGCGUCGUUUCGUGACUGCUCUCUGUCGGCUUGUUAUCCAUCACAACAUUUUUGGGAGAUGCAAGGAAGCAAAGGAAGAGGAUAGUACCUUUUAUGAUAAUGAAUGGGAACAAGAAAUCAGCGGGGUAGAUGCCUGGCGUUUAUUUUUCGGUACAAUGCCCCCUUGGGUGUACCACGAGAUGGUAUGUAUACAGUGGCACCUUGUGGACAGAUGGAGGGAAGUCUUGGCGAACGCAGAGAUCAGAGCGCAGAUGAUGGGGAUGUCUUGGACAAUUCGUUUAAAGUUCCGUACGAACGGUUAUACGUCUUUUGGACCGAGGUUUCUCUUCCGUGUUAUAGAUGCAGAUCCAUCCGAUCGACAUAACAUGCUUAAAUUAAAUCACGAUCGCGGCAGUAUUCUGCCAUGGAUUGGGUUCAGCAAUCCAAUUCCCAGGAACUUGCGACUCCCUCUUGUGUACCCGGCUGACAAGUACAAUGUCGGAAGCUUUGACGAGCUCUGGUCAAAGACAUCAGCUGCAGACGAACCAGGCACUAUCUGGAGACGCGCGGUUUUAAAGCUCUUCGCAAAGAAUCUGGAUUUUCAGGCGGCAUUUGUCAAUGAGGACAUUAGCAAUAACCCUUAUAGUCAUUUCCAGUGGAUAGGCUGGGAUUGUCAGAUGAUUAUUUGGGACGAGGAGAAGGUGCAGGAAUGGGAAGCUUACUAUAGACACUAG